AUGUUCCCUGAAGACUGUGAUAUUGAGUUGAAAGACUUGGUAUUUUAUAUGGUGGGCUUAGAAAAAUUUGAUAACCUUGAGAGCAUGGAGGAUGCAAGAUACAGGGUUCAAAAUGCAGUGAAUAUGCUCACAUCUUCUUGCUUGUUGUUGAAUACCGAACGCGAAGGCUAUACCAAAAUGCAUGAUGUUGUUCGUGAUGUAGCAUUGCUAAUUUCAGCUCAAGGUAAAAAAAGAUACUGGGUGGAAGCUGGUAAAGGUUUGACAAAAUGGGAGCCACGAAACAAAAGCUUAGAAAGCUAUACGGGUAUUUCACUCAUGCAAAACUGGAUCUCCAAUCUUCCAGUCUGCGAGGUUCAUACAUCAAGCAUUGACAUUUUCCUUGUUAAUGACAACAUGGAAUUGUCAAUGAUUUCUGAUAAAUUCAUUGAGGGCAUGAAAGAAGUCAAAGUAUUAGAUAUCAAGAAUUGUCAUAUUACACACCUUCCACAAUCAUUGAAGCUGCUCACAAAACUUCGCAUGCUCAAUCUCAGUGGCAAUAAAUCUCUCAAUGAGAUUUCUGUUCUUGGGGAGAUGAAAGAGCUUGAGAUUCUAAUUCUCAAUCGUACUGGAAUCGAAGAAAUUCCUAAAGAGAUUGGUCGGUUGGUGAACUUAAGGCAGCUUGAAGUUAAUAGGUGUUUUAAUAUGACUCAUGUAACGCCGGGUGUGAUUUCAAAGCUCGAGAACUUGGAAGAGUUGUGCAUCGACCUUAGCAAGGUGAGUGAAGGAGUUAAUGGUUGUAUUGUUGUUGAGGUUAUGAAGUUGUCAAAGCUCACAUAUUUGGAUCUAAUGGUGAAUAGUAUUGACAUUAUUCCUGAAGGUGAUUUUAAAAUAGAAAAUCUUAAAGGAUUUUUUGUUCAAAUUGGAGGUUUCUAUCGAUAUAAUGAGCCUAAGAGCUCAGAUCGUUAUCUAAUUAUUUCAAGUCAACAUCUUGUGAUUCCGUUAGUGAAGUGGUUAAAGAAACUGAUUGAGAGAAGUCCUAUUACAAUCCUACAAAGAAUUGAAAAACUAGAUAAUAUCAUUCCGACCUUGUAUCAUGAAGGUUUCAAUAACUUAGAGCAUAUUGAGCUGGAUGCUUGCCCUAAUGUGUCAUGCUUAGUGGAUGAUGAUGAUGAUGGUACAAAAACAGAGGAAAAGUUUUUCAUGGAGCUUAAAAAACUUAGAUUGACAGAGCUAAAAAAUUUGAGGGUGUUAUGGAAACGCCAUGUAAGUCUUACUAACUUAGUCACUCUUUAUAUCAGAGGUUGUGAGAAGUUAAAAAGAGUAUUUACAGUCCGUGUAGCACAAGACCUUGUCAAUCUCAAAGACCUAAGUAUCACAAAUUCCACAAUUUUAGAGGAAGUGAUUUGGGGUGGAGAUGAUGAAUCUGAAAAUAUUAUUGCGUUUCCUUCCCUUGCCCAGAUAUCCCUUAAGGGUUUAUGGGGACUUAAAAGCUUCUACUCAGGCGGGAGUGAGAAUUGUAGCAUCACAUAUCCAUCUUUGGUGGAUGUUGAAAUAAGUAACUGUUUUAGUAUGAAGAUAUGGGGACAUGGAACCCAUGAAACACCCAAGCUCAAAAGCAUAUUGGUUCUGAGAGCUGGGCGAAGAUUACAGCUAGAUGGACCUAAUGCCAUCAAUGAUGUUUUGCCAAAGAUAAAACCAAUUGAAGAUGCUGAAGAUGAAGAAGAGUGGAAUUACAAGAACUACUGAAUACCUCUUCAUUCAUUGCUCCACAGCCUCCAAAUCUGGGAAUUCUUCAAUACCUGGUGGAUGAUUGCUGACCCGAAUCUUUGGACUAUAAGUUGUAUCAUUACCUCGGGUCUCUCAAAAAAAAAGUAGUUGUAUCGUUACCGUAAUGAAAUCUUCUUUAAUUACUCUAGCAAACAGCCCGAAAUCAUCAUGGAAAACAUCAAACUCUUAUCACACAAUUGGAUCACAGAUUGGGUAGAGU